UUUUGACUCCCCAUCCCUUUAUAUUUUCCCACACCCCCCCACCACACAACCCCCAAAACCUCUUCCUCCUCAACACACCCAAAACAACUCCUCAUCUUCUCAAAUCUUCCAUGGCCAUUUGAGCGCCGCUUGAGAUCUUAACCUCGUCUGCGUUUCUAACAGUUCAAAAAUGGCGGUGGACCUGAUGAACUUUCCGAAGAUGGAAGAUCAGAAGGCUAUACAGGAAGCUGCAUCGCAAGGCUUGAAGAGCAUGGAGCACCUGAUCCGCUUUCUAUCGCACCAGCAGCAAACUAAUCAGUCGUCUCGCUUGGACUGUACGGACAUCACCGACCACACCGUCUCCAAGUUCAAAAAGGUCAUUUCGCUCCUGAACCGGACCGGCCACGCCCGGUUCAGACGCGGACCUGUUCAACCGGAUCAACCGGUUCAGUUCCCCUCUUCUUCUUCUCAUCCCUCGUAUUCACAAACAUUGAGCUUGGCUCCGGCUCUGAAUCCGAGGCCCUCUCCUGCGCCGGCUCCGGUCACUACACUACCGAUUGUCCCGCCGGCUCCGAUCGAGUCGAGCUAUGUCCAAUCUCAGCCGCACAGCAUGACGCUAGACUUCACGAGGCCUAAUGUCUUCGCAUCAAAUCCUAAGAGCACGGAGAUCGAGUUCGCGAAGGAGAGCUUCAGCGUCUCGUCGAGCUCGUCGUUCAUGUCGUCGGCGAUCACCGGAGACGGCAGCGUUUCGAACGGCAAACAAGGAUCGUCGAUCUUCCUGGCACCCGCGCCGGCCGUCUCCGGCCCAAAGCCUCCGCUCUCUACGGCGCCGUUUAAGAAGAGGUGCCACGAGCACGACCACCACUCCGACGACGCGUCGUGCAAGUAUUCCGGCUCGGGUUCUGCUUCUGGCUCCGGCAAGUGCCAUUGCUCCAAGAGAAGGAAAAAUCGGGUGAAGAAAACCAUUCGGGUCCCAGCGAUUAGUUCAAAAAUCGCCGAUAUUCCACCGGACGAGUACUCGUGGAGGAAGUACGGUCAAAAGCCGAUCAAGGGCUCACCCUACCCAAGGGGAUAUUACAAGUGCAGUACGGUUAGGGGGUGCCCAGCAAGGAAACACGUGGAGCGUGCCCCGGAUGAUCCGGCGAUGCUGAUCGUAACAUACGAAGGGGAACACCGUCAUGCGCCGGAGAACGUGGGGUUGGUGUUCGAGUCAACGUGAGGGAAAGUGGGUGGAAAGAGAAGGUAUGUGGGUGGAGAAAGCGAUUGUGGGUGUGGGUUUGAUGUAAAAUUUUAUUUUAUUUUUAUUUUUUUAGUUGAAUUAAUUAAUAGGAUAAUGGGGGGAAUAGAGAGGCAGAAUCUCAAAUCUGUAAAAGCGGUGUUUAGUUUAAUUAAUUAAAUUGUACUUAUUUAAUUAA